CAUGGUACGUCCUUCCUUCCCCCGUGCCCGAGCAAGGGUGGUACGCGCUGCCUCCGCUCGCCGCCCCUCCCCGUCAGUUUCCGCGCGAAAAGCUGGGGCUGUCUGCUUUGCUGCCGCGUCUGCUGCAGUCUCGGAGAUGCCGGCUCGCACCGCCCCUGCCCGGGUGCCYGCGCUGGCCAUCCCGGCCAUUUCCCUGCCUGACGAUGUCCGCAGGCGGCUCAAAGACUUGGAAAGAGACAGCUUAACGGAAAAGGAGUGUGUGAAGGAGAAAUUGAAUCUCUUGCAUGAAUUUCUGCAAACAGAAAUAAAGAAUCAGUUAUGUGAUUUGGAAACCAAAUUACAUAAAGAAGAAUUAUCUGAGGAGGGCUACCUGGCUAAAGUCAAAUCCCUUUUAAAUAAAGAUUUGUCCUUGGAGAACGGAGCUCACACUGUCAGUCGAGAAACGAACGGCCAUCUAGAAAACGGGAGCCAAGCAAGCCGUGCAGACAGGAGAGUGAAAAUGUCAGAACCAAACACCCCCAAAUCCGGUUCCAAACCUCGUGGACCCAGAAGAAGCAAGUCUGAUAGCGAGACUAAGGCUGAAGCUUCAUCUAGUCCCAUGGUUACGAGGAGAACAACCAGGCAAACCACCAUCACAUCUCAUUUUACAAAAGGCCCUGCUAAACGGAAACCUGAGGAAGAACCUGAAAGAACAAAUUCAGGUGACUCUGAGGAAGACAAAGACCAGGAAGAGAAGAGACGUUUACAGGAAGAGAAGAGACGUAGAGUUACAGCCACUGAAUCAGUUGCUGAACCUAGUGCAACAGAACCGGAAACGGCGACACCAGGAACACAUGCUGACACUGAAGAGGAAGAAAGAGGAGAAGAGAGGAGACUCAGAAGUCAAACCAAAGAACCAACACCUAUACCGAAACUGGAGGAGGAGCUGGAUGGAGAAGCCAGACCAGGGACUCGCAAUGAAGCGGAAGGAGAUAAGCGAGAUGAAAGGAGGUCUAGAAGUCAGUCCAAAGACCUAGCUGCCAAACGGAGACCUGACGAAAAAGAACCUGAACAAGUAACUCCACAAAUGUCUGAGAGAGAUGAGGAUGAAAAGGAGGAAAAAAGACGAAAAACUACACCCAAAGAACCAGCUGAGAAAAAAAUGACUCGGAACAAAACCCUUUUGAACCCCAAGGUUCAGCCACCCAAGUGCAACGAAUGCGGGCAGUUCCUGGAUGAUGUUGACCUCAAGUAUGAGCAGCACCCCUCUGAUGCGCUGGAAGAGCCCCAAAUGUUGACAAAUGAGAAACUGUCCAUCUUUGAUGAAAAUGGAUCUGGCUUUGGGAGUUACGAAGAUCUUCCCCAACACAAACUGACAUACUUCAGUGUGUACUGUAAGCGAGGUCACCUGUGCCCGAUUGACACUGGCCUCAUCGAGAAGAACGUGGAGCUUCUCUUUUCUGGUACAGCAAAACCAAUCUAUGAUGAUAAUCCGUCUCUUGAAGGUGGUGUUAAUGGCAAGAAUCUUGGCCCCAUUAAUGAAUGGUGGAUCACUGGCUUUGAUGGAGGUGAAAAGGCACUCAUCGGCUUCAGUACCUCAUUUGCCGAAUACAUUCUGAUGGAACCCAGCCCAGAGUAUGCCCCAAUAUUUGGGCUGAUGCAGGAGAAAAUCUACAUCAGCAAGAUAGUAGUGGAAUUCCUCCAGGGCAACCCUGAUGCGACCUAUGAAGACCUGAUCAACAAGAUUGAGACCACGGUUCCCCCUUCUACAAUCAACUUGAAUCGGUUCACAGAGGAUUCUCUCCUUCGACACGCCCAGUUUGUGGUGAGCCAGGUAGAGAGUUAUGAUGACGCCAAGGACAGUGACGAGCAGCCCAUCUUCCUGACUCCCUGUAUGAGAGACCUCAUCAAGUUGGCAGGGGUCACCCUGGGACAAAGGCGAGCCGAAAGACGUCAGACCAUCAGGCAUCCUGCCAAGGAGAAGGAUAAAGGACCCACAAAAGCCACCACCACCAAACUAGUCUACCAGAUCUUUGACACUUUCUUCGMAGAGCAGAUUGAAAAGGAUGACAGGGAGGACAAAGAGAACGCCUUUAAACGCCGGCGGUGUGGCGUCUGCGAGGUUUGCCAACAGCCUGAGUGUGGAAAGUGCAAAGCCUGUAAGGACAUGGUUAAAUUUGGUGGCAGUGGACGKAGCAAGCAAGCUUGUCUAAAGAGGAGGUGUCCCAAUAUGGCAAUGAAGGAGGCAGAUGAUGAUGAAGAAGUUGACGACGACAUCCCAGAGGUGCCAUCACCCAAAAAAAUGCAUCAAGGGAAGAAAAAGAAACAGAACAAAGAUCGGAUCUCUUGGGUUGGGGAGGCCGUCAAGACUGAUGGGAAGAAGAGUUACUAUCGUCAGGUGUGCAUUGACGCGGAAACCCUGGAGGUGGGGGACUGUGUCUCUGUUAUUCCAGAUGACUCCUCAAAACCUCUGUAUCUAGCAAGACUGGCCGAAAUGAGGCAGAAAGAAAUUCCCAGGGCUCUGGAGCAGCUUGUUGACCUGGACAGCAAAAUUAUCUACAGCUCUGCCACCAAGAAUGGCAUCCUGUAUAGGGUGGGCGACGGCGUGUACCUGCUUCCUGAGGCCUUCACAUUCAACAUCAAGCUGUCUAGCCCUGUGAAACGCCCAAAGAAGGAGCCUGUGGAUGAGGAUCUAUACCCAGAGCACUACCGAAAGUACUCUGACUACAUCAAAGGCAGCAACCUGGAUGCCCCCGAGCCCUACCGGAUCGGCCGGAUAAAAGAGAUCUUCUGUGCCAAGAAAACCAAUGGCAAGCCCAAUGGGUCAGAAAUCAAGAUCAGGCUGAACAAGUUCUACAGGCCCGAGAACACCCACAAGUCCACCUCGGCGAGCUACCAUGCGGACAUCAACCUGCUCUACUGGAGUGACGAGGAGGCCGUAGUGGACUUCCAGGCUGUGCAGGGCCGCUGCACCGUGGAGUACGGGGAGGACCUGCCGGAGUGCCURCAGGAGUACUCAGAAGGCGGCCCUGACCGCUUCUACUUCUUGGAGGCCUAUAAUGCAAAGACCAAAAGCUUUGAAGAUCCUCCAAAUCAUGCCCGUAGCCCGGGGAAUAAAGGAAAAGGGAAGGGGAAAGGGAAAGGCAAGACGAAGUCUCAGGCCUCUGAGCCCAGUAAACCAGAGACAGCAAUAAAACUGCCCAAGCUGCGGACCCUGGACGUGUUUUCUGGCUGUGGGGGGUUGUCGGAAGGGUUCCACCAAGCAGGCGUCUCCGAGACUCUGUGGGCCAUUGAAAUGUGGGAUCCCGCGGCCAGGCUGAACAACCCCCGCUCCACGGUGUUCACGGAGGACUGCAAUGUCCUGCUCAAGCUGGUUAUGGCCGGGGAGAAGACCAACAGCCGUGGCCAGAGGCUGCCCCAGAAGGGCGACGUGGAGAUGCUGUGUGGCGGGCCCCCCUGCCAAGGCUUUAGCGGCAUGAACCGCUUCAACUCUCGUACCUACUCAAAGUUCAAAAACUCCUUAGUGGUCUCCUUCCUCAGCUACUGUGACUACUACCGGCCCCGGUUCUUCCUUUUGGAGAACGUCAGGAACUUCGUCUCCUUCAAACGCUCUAUGGUGCUGAAGCUCACCCUCCGCUGCCUCGUCUGCAUGGGCUACCAGUGUACCUUUGGCGUGCUGCAGGCUGGUCAGUAUGGUGUGGCCCAGACCCGGAGGCGGGCCAUCAUCCUGGCUGCGGCCCCUGGAGAGAAACUCCCCCUGUUCCCAGAGCCCCUGCACGUCUUUGCACCCCGUGCCUGCCAGCUGAGUGUCGUGGUGGAUGAUAAGAAGUUUGUCAGCAACAUCACCAGGUUGAGCUCAGGUCCGUUCCGAACCAUCACAGUGCGGGACACGAUGUCGGACCUCCCUGAGAUCCGGAACGGGGCCUCGGCGCAGGAGAUCUCCUAUAACGGGGAGCCUCAGUCCUGGUUCCAGAGGCAGCUUCGGGGCUCGCACUACCAGCCCAUCCUUAGGGACCACAUCUGUAAGGACAUGAGCGCAUUGGUGGCCGCCCGUAUGCGUCACAUCCCCCUGGCCCCGGGCUCAGACUGGCGCGAUCUGCCCAACAUUGAGGUGCAACUCACUGACGGCACCCUGGCCAAGAAACUGCGCUACACCUACCACGACAAAAAGAAUGGCCGCAGCAGCUCCGGCGCCCUCCGUGGAGUCUGCUCCUGUGUGGAAGCAGGCAAAGCCUGUGACCCCUCCGCCAGACAGUUUAACACCCUCAUCCCCUGGUGCCUGCCCCACACCGGAAACAGGCACAACCACUGGGCUGGCCUGUAUGGACGGCUUGAGUGGGAUGGCUUCUUCAGCACAACCGUCACCAACCCCGAGCCUAUGGGCAAGCAGGGACGUGUGCUUCACCCCGAGCAACACCGCGUGGUGAGUGUGCGGGAGUGCGCCCGCUCCCAGGGCUUCCCCGACACCUACCRGCUGUUUGGCAACAUCCUGGACAGGCACCGACAGGUGGGUAACGCUGUGCCACCUCCCCUGGCCAAAGCCAUUGGCUUGGAGAUCAAGCUCUGUAUGUUGGCCAAAGCUCGAGAGAGUGCCUCAGCUAAAGUAAAGGAAGAGGUGGCUGCUAAGGACUAGCUUCACCCUCCAUCACUCUUGUUUCUGGCACCAGGAAUCCCCAACAUGCACUGAUGUUGUAUUUUUAACAUGUUUAAAUCUGUCAGUUCAGAUGUGUUGUACACAGUGUUUGUGGCCUUGGCUGACAUGAAGCUGUUCUGUGAGGUUURCUGAACUAAUGACUUAGUGAUCAAACUGUGCAGUUCUUUGUGCAUUCUGGAUUUUAAAAGUUUUUUAUUAUGCAUUAUAUCAAAUUACCACUGUACAAGUGGAAAUUAAGACUUUAUGUAGUUUUUAUAUGUUGUAAUAUUUCUUCAA